GGCGCAGAAGAUGCGAUCAAAUCCGACACAAGUCCUCAUGACGCGGCGGCACAGACAGCUGGAAAAGAGCUCAGCAGUUUCCUGAUAAAAAUGGCAGUGGAGAAGCGUCUGGCAUUCUCUAUUGUGCAGUUCCUACGAGAUCAAACACAUCAGGGUGCUUUGAAUUCUGAUGAGCAGGAGAGCCUCGAAGUUGCCAUACAGUGUUUGGAGACAACCUUUAAGAUCGGCUCCAGUGACUCCCACCUCGCUGUGCCACAGCCCCUGACAGAAAUAUUCCUCAACUCCCUGCUUAAGAAUGACAAUAUUACCAUACCAGAGACCUCCCCAUCUCCAGAAGACAUUGAAAGAGCGGAGCAACUUAAAAAUGAAGGGAACAACCACAUGAAAGAAGAGAACUACAGAUGUGCAGUGGAGUGCUACACAAAGGCCAUUGACCUGGACCUUAGAAACGCUGUGUACUACUGCAACAGGGCGGCGGCUCACAGUAAACUGGGAAACUACACAGAGGCAACUGGUGACUGCGAGAGAGCCAUUGGGAUUGAUCCUACCUACAGCAAAGCGUACGGGAGGAUGGGUCUGGCUCUGACAGCCAUGAACAAGUAUCCAGAGGCAAUCUCCUUCUUCAAGAAAGCUUUGGUAUUAGAUCCAGAUAAUGAUACCUAUAAAUCCAACCUGAAGAUAGCGGAGCAGAAGCAGAAAGAAGCAAGCAGCCCAAUAGCUGCUGGAUUGGGUUUCGACAUGGCUAGUUUAAUCAACAACCCUGCCUUCAUCAGCAUGGCUGCAAGCGUGAUGCAGAACCAACAAGUGCAACAGCUUAUGUCAGGAAUGAUGUCGAAUGCAGUCGGGGGUCCUGCAGCAGGAGUCGGGGGACUGUCGGACAUCUCCAGUUUGAUUGAAGCGGGUCAACAGUUUGCGCAGCAGAUCCAGCAGCAGAACCCCGAGCUGAUCGAGCAGCUGAGGAACCACAUCCGGAGCCGCUCAUUCAGCGGCAGCGCGGAGGAGCACUCCUGAUCUGAUAAGUCUCACAUUUUUUUCUCCAAGGAAGGGCAACCAUAUGGCGCGAUUACAAUCUCUCACCCAUUUCUUGAAAUCAAAUCCCCGGCACAGCUGGAACGAAGAGACAAGGAUCGGGUUGAAGGCACUUUACUGUGAAUAAAAACUCUGAGGCGGAGAGAGGUGAAGACCUAGAGACUGGA